AUGAUUAUCAGCCCGGCAGAGGUGGAAAUCUUCUCCGACAACGACACGAAGACCAAGGUGCUGAACUGUGUGCUGCACUCUGCAGAUGUAUCGAACCCAUGCAAAGGGUGGGAGGUCACCCACGACUGGGCAAUGGUCUGCUUGGAGGAGUUCUUCGCUCAGGGCGACCAGGAGAAGGUAUUGGGCAUCCCCGUUCAGUUCUUGAACGACCGUGAUAAGCUCAACAAGCCGAACUCGCAGAUAGGCUUCAUCGAGUUCAUGAUCUCACCUUUCUUCGUUGCACAAAUUCGGUUGUGGCCGAACUUGCAUGAGAUGGGUAGCAACCUGGCGCAGAACAUUACAAACUGGCAGGACAUGUGGGAGAAAGAGGUCAAUCCUGCCGAGGAAGAGAAAUCGAAGGUGAAGGGGCGUGUGGACAAAGUUACACGAGGCAUCAGCGAGGCUAUUGCGCGAGCACCGCUUUGA